AUGCAAGAUUUAGAUAGUUCAUUAGAAUUAGGGUUAGAUUGGGUAAUUAGACAAGGAUAUGCAUGGCCAGAAGAUAAAGAACAUUGCGAAGAAUAUGGAAGAAUGUUAACUGCUGAUCCUUCAAAGGUUUCUAUAAGAGCAAAGAAGAGGGGUUUACCGCAAAUGGGUACUCUUGGUGCUGGUAAUCAUUAUUGCGAAGUACAGGUUGUUGAUGAGAUAUAUGACGAAUUUGCCGCUAAAAUAAUGGGUCUUGAGAAGGGUCAAGUGUGUGUAAUGGUACACUCGGGUAGUAGAGGUUUAGGUCAUCAAGUAGCAACAGAUGCAUUAGUAGUCAUGGAGAAAUGCAUGCAAAAAAAUAACUUCUUCCCUAUUGAUAAACAACUUGCAUGCGCUCCUAUGCACUCUAAAGAGAUCAAUCUAACAUAA